AUGACAGAUGAUAAGAAGAGCCAUCCUCCAACCCCUAAGAUAGCCCCGGAGGAGAAGCUCGAAUUGGGCUCAGUGGUUGCCAUUCGGGCGAUGCCUCCUACGCUCCAGGGUACUACAGAGGAAGACAGAGCAGCAAUGGAAAAGGCCCUGGUUAGAAAGCUCGACCUUCGGCUCAUGCCAAUGCUAGUCUUGAUCUAUAUCAUGAACUACUUAGACAGAAACGCGAUCGCAGCAGCUAAAUUAAGCGGUAUCACGGAGGAGCUCAACCUGACGUCCGUUGAGUUCCAGGUACUUAACCCAUUCCAUGAUACAUUGGAAACAAUUCCCGUUUUUAACUUCCAACCAGACCUGCGUUAG